CAAAACAACACAUGGUAAAUAAAAACAAAGUUGUAUAUAUCUGCAUAUUAAACCUUGUAUAUUUCUACACAAUGGCUUAAACUAGGCUGUAGCCAUAUGGCAGAAGACGAUGAGUUGCUACCCAGUUUCUCGAACUCGCCUCUCUUUGGCGAGGCACACAGGGAACAUUUAUUGUCGUUGUACCAAAAAAACCCUCGCCAUGCACGGAGACGACCGAUCGUCGCGAUGUUUGCUGUGGUUUAUUUCUGCAUCAGCGCUUCCUAUACUGUUUUAGCGCCAUUCUAUCCUCUGACAGUAAGUGGAACGUUUAAAACUUGUUCAUUUCGUCAGCGUGCUUAUGACUUGAAUUUAUAGUGAUUUUGGAUGAACUUCGCAGUUUUGAUAUAUCAAUUAUCACUUCCCGCUUAUGGUAAAAUAAAUAAAUAAUUUUUUUCAAAGUUUUCGAUAAUAUUUUAACAAAGACUGGAUGCGAAGGAGAUCUAUAUUGCCUCAAAAGCGAAAAAUAUAUAUAUACAAGUAUUAAAAUACAAGUAAAUAUGUAUCUUGCAUAAAUUAUAUAUAAUGAGCUCAUUACGAAUUCUGUUUACUCUGCUUUGUCUUGCUUACAGUUGAGUCAAACUUUUGGUAAUUUCUCAUGCAAUUUUCAUGCAAAUUUGACCAAAUUUUAAUCAAUUUCUCCUUGGGAAACGUCCAUUAGUCCCACAAACUUUCGUAUUAAUACGUUUGAUAUUUUACGUAAAAAUAUGAAAUUUAAAUAAGCGAGCUGCACUAAGGACUUCGCGUUUGCCACGCGUGUGCUUUCGUUUUUCCCGCGAGCGCCAAGCCAUUGCGCAAUGUAUACAUUGCACCACACACAGCAAACACAAGGGGAAAAUAAAGAUUUAGUUUCUUUGUUUCCGAUAUAAAAAUUAAGUAUUUAACGCAAGAAAUAAUACUUGUCGCUCAUUUGUGGUUCAACCUUUUGCAAACGUGCUUGAAUUGUGCAUUGGUGUUAUAAAAGUCGCUCAAAAACGUCCUGAGUAUUAAACAAAUAUGACGGACAAUGACCCUGGGGAUAUUAGCGGCGGCGAAGCUGAAACAACUCCGCUUUUGAAAGCAGCGCCAGACAGGCAACUCUCUGUUGCCUCGGAAAAGACAAGGAAAACGUUGAUAUUGAUGACUUUUGCCAUCAUCUAUAUCACAGCGGCAGCAUCGUAUUCUGUCAUUGCACCUUUUUAUCCGACAGAAGUAAGUAUUAGAAUAGAUAUUUAAUACUUUAUGUACAUUGUGCAAUGUAUAAUAAUUGCAAAUGGCAUGGUGAGCUGUAGAUUUCACUUCCACUAGUACUGCAACCAUUCACUGACCCGGUACGCUGUACACAUGUGAUUGGUUGAUCGGAUAGAUUGAAUGCAUCCGAUUGGCUUGAUGUUUAAUUGCAGUUGUAGCGGCAUUGGGAAUCUAUUAACAUCACUAAUAACUAUGUAGAUUUUUCCUGCCAUUUUAUUUGAAAUAACUAUAGAAUCCCCUGCCAACAGGAACUUGUUUUAAAGAAGGUCCAUACGCCUACGUGCUUACACAAUAUGCGCCUGCUUUGCGGGCCUAUGUUACUACAACUGGCUACGGGUACAUGGCUAUGCGCCUACGGGCCUACGCGCAUGAGAAAGGUGGUUUAAUCAAUCUGGUAUUGUUUGCUUAUGUAGGCGAAAGAAAAAGGUGCGAAUAGCGACGUUGUUGGUCUGAUAUUUGGUAUGUUUGCAUUAGUAAAUGUCUUCAUUGCACCCUUGGUUGGAUCCUGGGUAAGUGGUUACAAAAUUAAUUGUAAUUAUUAAUUAAAUUAAUCAACUAAUAUAACCCUAAUGAUAUAGCUUAUCCAGAUCAAUGCACUAUCACUCUCCCCUUGACUAGUAAAAUCAUCUGUUGUUAGACCGAGUAAAAUAAUAAAGAAGGGUGCAUAAUGAGAUGCAUUGUGCAACUCAGUGGGUUAAGGCUAAACUCUGCCUGUGAUUUUGUUAAUUUUUGUUUCAUUUUUUAAGCUACCAACUAUUGGAGUUCGUUUCUUUUUGUUCAGUGGAAUUCUGGUCAUUGGUGUUUCUGAGUUCUUAUUUGGGUAAUAAACUAUUAAAUAUAGAUCAAGGGCUCAACCUGAUUUAUUUCUAAGGGGUGGAUGCUAAACAAGUAAUUUUUUAUGUGGCCUAAGUCAUGAACAACUUACAAGCUAAACAGUGAAUUUGCAAUAUGCUUCUGCUUAUUUAGACCUAGCUUUCACCCCUGGUGAGCUUAAUUAAGCUGGGUCUUAUUUUUGUGUGACAAUUCAAUGUAUAAAAUAAUGUAUUAUACGUAGUGAUGCACCAAUAUUGAAGGACCAAUAUUUUGCCUAUACCGAUUUCAAUAUGUCAUUUCACAAAAUUCAAAGAUAUGACAUCAUGACAGUUCUACUUUAUUACUUUUGAAUUUAAUUCAAUUCAUUUGUUUCUAAAUACUGAAAAUAUCAAAUGAAAUGCUGCAAAUGCAUGCAAUAAACUAGUAUAUUACUACGCCAGUGACUGUUUAUUUGUAAUAAAAAUAACUAUUGAACUGCAACUAUAACCAAUCAUUAAUAUUUAAUAACAGCUUGUAAUAUUGGUAAUAUCAACAACAAAAUUACUGAUACCAAUAUUUCUAUUUUAGUCUGAUAAGCCGAUUGAAACACUGAUAUGGAUAUUGGUGUUAAGUACUAUAUGAAUGCAUGGCCCUUUAAUACAUUCAAGUUUCGAAUUACUUUAUUGUGACACAGAAGUCAGCAUGGGCAGAUUUACUGGGGGGGGGUUAGCUAAGGUGGGUUAGGGGGGGUUAACCCCCCUCCCCCUAGAAUCUCUCUAACCCCUCUUAUAAAGUGUUCAACCAAAAUUUUGCUUCACCCCUACUAUUUUGUGUGAAAGUCUUUAACUUUAAUGCCUAUAACCCCUGUCGAAGCUCGCUCAGUGGUUCCGCUUGCACCCCACCAGAAAAUUUUCUACCCCUCCUUUAAAAAAAUGAAAAUCUACCCUUGGAAGUCAGUCUAUUUUCAUCCUUUAGGUUUUUGAAUAAAAUGCCAGAUGGCACUGUCUUCAUAACAUUUUCAUUUGUUAUACGAAUAUUUGACGGAAUUGGUGGAGCAAUGGCGAUGACGGCAGCUGUGGCUUUCUUAGCUCAGUGUUUUCCAGAUAAUGUUGGGAGUAUUAUGGUAAGUGAUUAACACUGCAGCUAAUUGCUUAUUGUCGAUUUCAAGUCACUUUUCAAUGCACGGUUUCCAAGUUCGUUGCAAAUUUGCCAAUUACGUUUCCAAGUGCAUGAACUUUAAAUGCAACAAAGUUCACAAGUACAUUUCAUUAUGGAAAGUUCUUGAUCCAGACUGGGCUACCAAGAAGGUUUAUUGGUUAUUACUAUUGAGUAUGAACAUUUGUUUCCAAACAUUAUAAGUUCAAACAUUGAAAUGAACUUGCAAACGUUGUUGCAAAGUUUGCGCCCAAUUUCCGAACUUGGAACCAUAAUCGGCAAGUUCACAACAAACUUUGGAACUGCACGUUGAAAAGUGACUUGAAAUUGACAAUAACCCACAAUGAGCCAUAUGGUACUCUGUCUAUGUAAUGAAUGAUUAUUCUACGAUUUCAGGGUGGUUUAGAAGUGUUCACCGGAAUUGGUCUAACCUUGGGACCUCUUAUUGGAGGUGUCCUAUAUGAGGUAAUGGGGAGUUUACGCAUGUUCUAAGACAACAACAUCAGGACAAUGGCCAUCAAUACAAUGACAUUAAUCGAUCCUAAUACACAAAACAAAUGAAUAAUGAAUUAAACAUCUAGCAGGGGUUUUAGUAGGCUUGUGGGGACCUUCCCAAAUGCUGGCUGGUAAUCAAACCUAGUGUUUUAGACAUCGUCCAAGCUCCGUUGACAUUACGGCAUAAAGCAUAUUUUCAUGUUUUGUACGUAUUUGUAUGUGUUGACCAGUUCAUUUCCUAACUUCGAGGAGUACCUCUGAACAAUUCCUCAACAAUUUGAUAAGUUCCUUAAAAAGUUCCUAACUUCCUGUUUCAUUGACCAAUUAGAUUGCUCAAAAAUAAAAUUUGAUUGGUCAAUGAAACAGGAAGUAACUUUUUAAAGAAAUUUUCGAAAUUUUAAGGAAUUGUUCAGAGGUGUUCCUUCAAGUUAGGAAAUGAACUGGUCAACAUUUUUUGGGGCGCUUCUAUUGGCACGACUGUAAUACUUGUUAACAUUAACAACAAGGUCUCGAUCAUUACGAUGCAUUCUGACUUAACGGUUACUAGAUAAAUACUUUAAUUCUUACUUUACAGUAUGGUGGUUUUGGGAUGCCAUUCUUUGUACUGGCUGGCUUAAUUCUUAUCACUCUUCCAGUGUGUAUAUGUAUUUUGCCUAAAGUACACCAAGGUUUGUCUGAUGUGCCCUACUUUAUUAUUUUACUCUGUCUAACGCCAGACGAUUUUACUCAUCAAGGGGAGUUUUCUGCCACUCGAUAGGUUAUUCAAACUAUCUGCCUAUGCAUCCUGUUAUUGCCCUGCUGUGCCAUAUACUUUAUUAUUUUACUCAUGAUGUCUAACACCAGACAUUUUAAAGGGGACAUGUGUGUUGGUGCUCAAUGGGUUUGUCAGACUAUCUGCCCAUGUGUUUAAUUAAUUAACCUAUUAAGUUGCAUUGUGCCCUACUUUAUUAUUUUACUCUGUCUAAUGCCAGACAAUUUUACUCAUCAAGGGGAGAGCUGGCACUCAAUGGGUUAAACAAUUUGUUGAAUGAUCAAAUUAUGUUGCGAUAACUAAUUCUCUAUCAACAUUUCUUUCUUCAUUUCCAAAAUGCAGCUGCUCCAUCAGAGGAAGAAGGGGGGAAAACUAAACCUUCACUUUGGAAAUUUAUUAAAAUACCUGCAUUUACCAUCAUAGGUUUGUAACGUGAUGCGUUUCAUGUUUAUACUGUAUAUCAAGAGGAUAAUCCAUGUCCAUUUUUUUCUCAUUGGAAAAGAAUUAGUGGGUAAUGUGAAGUUUUGGAAUUUUUCUUUUGUUGUUUUCAGCGAUGUCAAUUGUAACUGGUGGCAUGGCAAUAGGAGUGAUUGAACCUACGCUGGCACCACAUUUGAAAAGUCAGGUGAGCUCGUUUGAUUUCUAAUUUUGUUUUUGUUCAUCAUCAUCAUCACAUCGACCAUCGUCACCACCAUCAUCACCACUACUACCAUGACCAUCGUCACCACCAUCAUCACCACCACUACCAUUGACCAUCGUCACCACCAUCAUCACCACCACUACCAUCAUCAUCACCACCAUCAUCAUCACUACUACCAUGACCAUCGUCACCACCAUCAUCACCACUACUACCAUGACCAUCGUCACCACCAUCAUCACCACUACUACCAUGACCAUCGUCACCACCAUCAUCACCACCACUACCAUUGACCAUCGUCACCACCAUCAUCACCACCACUACCAUCAUCAUCACCACCAUCAUCAUCACCACUAUAUCACCACCACUAUUUGGUAUAAUAAACUGUACCUUUUCUUUUUAAUUAGUUCAACAUAACCAGCACUACCAAAAUUGGUUUACUGUUUUUUAUGUUCUGUGCUUGUUAUUCUUUGUUUGCUCCGUUGUUUGGAUGGAUUGCUGACAAAACGGUUGGUAUAAAACGUAAAUCAAACUAACUUUAUUUAAACUGGAUAACUCUAUCAGUUCUAAACUGUUCUCUCUUUUUCUGUUUUCUGUUUUCAGAAUGCCAGAUGGGUUAUGACAUUUGGAAGUUUUCUCUGUACAAUAAGUCUUUUCCUAAUGGGUCCUGUGCCUUUUUCAUUUAUGCCCAAGUAUGCAUGUUUCAAUGUAUAUCAAUGUGAAAAAUUAUCAUAGACAAGUUUUAUUUAUUGAACUUUAGCGCGUGAUGCGCAUUAAGCAAACAUGUUUCCAUGUUUUAAUUAUUGUUCUCCUUUUCUCAAACCAGCAAACUAUGGCUAACUUGUGUGGCUAUGGGAUUAAUGGGAUUAUCAAUUGGACCUAUGAUAGUUCCUGCUGUAUCAGAAUUAGAAAAUAUUGUCAAGUAUGUAGCCUAAAAUAAUGUACUCCUUUCAUGGGCGCCGGAGCCACGGGGGCAGGGGGGCGGCAACUGCCCCCCUUGCCCAAACAGUACGGGGGCAGCGCGGGGGCAACAGGUUGCCCUUUUUACCGGAGCUGCACUUCGAAAUUUGUGCGUUAUUCACAGGAAUUGGAAUUUAUAACUAUUUUUAAGCAAUGUUUAAGUAAUCUUUGCUUACUUUUAACCAGUUGUAGCAAAAUUACUGAUUUUACUUUUUUUACCGUUUACUGAUUAGGGGUGCACCGGAUUUGGAAUUUUCAAAUCCGUCCGGAACCGGAUUUACCGGAUUUGGACAAAAAUUCCGGCCGGAAUUCCGACCGGAUUUGCCGGAUUUCAGUAUUCAAAAUGACGGUUUAUGUUUUUUACUAUUUUUAGUUAGUGUCAGUUUAGAUUUUUGAUUGUGUUUAAUAAACCUUUUUUAAACAUGUUUUUGUUAAUAACUUAAUAUUUUAUAAUAAUAUAAGUGUUUUUUAAACUUUAAAGCUGCCAAAUUGAUGGUUUAUCCCAUUCUUGGUGAAUUUUUUAAGGUGAAAACAGAAAUUUAAAUCCGGCCGGAUUUUCUCCAAAUCCGGCCGGAAGCCGGAUAAUUCGUUAAAUCCGGCCGGAAUUCCGGCCGGAUUUGAAAUCCGGUGCACCCCUAUUACUGAUUUUAUUUUGCGCCCUUGGCAGUGUGCAACAAAUAAAAUUGUUCAAAAUUAAUGGCGAAAUUUGUCGACCCAUUAUAACCACAAGUGAUCGAGUAUCCAUACAGUAAAGGUUUAGCAAAUAUUGCUGCCCAGAAAAAAUGAUGGCUGAGAAGCAAGUGCCCUUUUGAAAUGGCUGCCCCCGCCGCUUCACAUUGCUUCCGGCGCCCCUGACUCCUUUUGAGAAAGGCAUAGUAUGAUGGAUAUAAUCGUCUGGAAAACUGACAAACUUCAAAGCCACAAAGUAGAAGACCUUUGUUUGAUGUUGAACUGUACCUCACCGCCGGUGCACAAAUCCUUUGUCUCAACUUCUUUAAUAUUAUUCAUCGUCGUUGCACGUUUCAUCUCAGCUAUCCCUAUUGGACGAUUACUUCAUUCUACGAAAAUACAAUGAGUUCAAUCACUGUGCACAAAUGAACAUACUCAGACAAUGACUUUUGUUCAGUUUCCAGACCAUCAUAUCUUGAUAGACAAUAAAUUAUUCCAGCUGCAGACUAAAUUUUGAUCUAGGCAAGAAGAACAAAAUCCAUCACCACAGCUAGAAAGAGCAUGUUAAAAUUAGUAAAAGUGCAAAGUUUGGCCGCGAAAUGUUGUAAAAUGCGGAAAAUAUAGCCAUGCGAAAUUUGCAAAUUUUGUAUUAAUUUGUACUACGUGCGGGAAAAUGCACCACAUUUGGGCCGAAAGUGGUGCAUUUUCCCGUGCGUAAUAGAAAUUAAUACAAAAAUUGCAAAUUUCGUAGGGCUAUGUUUUCCUCAUUUUACAACAUUUCGCAACCAAACUUUGCAAUUUUACUCAUUAAAACAUGCUCUUUCUAGCUGAAAUCAUCUACUGUGCUUUCCAAACUCCAGUCCAACGCUUUUCAUUUCCUGUUUAAUAUGUUCUUCAGGGCACGUGGUUUUACUCUUGAUCUUGCUGUGCACGGCGUUGUAUCCGGUGUUUUUGGAGCGGGAUUUAAUUUUGGGUUAGUAUAAUAUCAGUUUCCAACUGUUUUCUUUAGAGUUGUAGUAAGGGUCGUCCCUCAUUUAUUUAUGAGUUACUAAAAGAUGAAACCUAAAUUUAUUCUGGAUAGAUCUGUCAGUUCUAAACUGUCCUCCGUAGAAGUCCAGUAAGGGUUACUUACCUCUUAUUGAUCCAGUGUUACUACAAACCUAACCUAAACUAACAUUUAUUCUGGAUAGCUCUAUCAGUUCUAAACUGUUCUCCCUAGAGCUCCAGUAAGAUUCAUCUCUUAUUGAUUCAGUGUUACUACAGGAGGAAACCUAAACUAAACUAACUUUAUUUAUUUAUACUAGAUAGCUCUAUCAGUUCUAAACUGUUCUUCCUAGAGGUCCAGUAAGGAUCAUCUCUUAUUGAUCCAGUGUUACUACAGGAGGAAAUCUAAACUAAACUAACUUUAUUUAUACUGGAUAGCUCUAUCAGUUCUAAACUGUUCUCCCUAGAGGUCCAGUAAGAAUCAUCUCUUAUUGAUCCAGUGUUACUACAGGAGGAAAUCUAAACUAAACUAACUUUAUUUAUACUGGAUAGCUCUAUCAAUUCUAAACUGUUCUCCGUUGAGGUCCAGUAAGAAUCAUCUCUUAUUGAUCCAGUGUUACUACAGGAGGAAAUCUAAACUAAACUAACUUUAUUUAUACUGGAUAGCUCUAUCAGCUCUUAAGUAUUCUCCCUAGAUAUCCAGUAAGGGUCAUCUCUUAUUGAUACAGUGGUACUACAGGAGGAAACCUAUACUAAACUAACUUUAUUUAUACUGGAUAGCUCUACCAGUUCUGAACUGUUCUCCCUAGAGUUCCAGUAACACUAAAAUAGCUUUAUUUAUACUGGAUAGCUAUCAGUUCUAAACUGUUCUCCAUAGAGGUCAAGUAUUCAGUAAGGAUAAUCUCUUAUUGAUCCAGUGUCACUCUCUAAUCUCUUCUGAAAUGUUUUCCCUAGACAUCCAAUGCUAUAUAGUUGUGGUCUUACUAUUCUAAACUAACCAAUGAACUUCUUUUCCACAGUGCAUUCAUUGGUCCCACCUUAAGUGGUGUUUUUAAUCAAUAUCUUCAUUUUAAUUGGACGUGCACGGUCUUUGGUUGCAUUCUAUUAUUACAGGUGAGUGGUCGUGAUACGAUACAAAUUAGAGGCCCUCAGGAGUCUGGCCGGAAUUUUUUGCAACUGUUCCUGAGUCGUGUUUACACUACCAGCCUUCGCCUAGCCUUGGCCUGGCCUACAUUUUGACAGUGUAAACAUACUUUGGCCUAGCCUCGGCCUGACCUAGGCCAGGAAAUCUGUGCUCACUACAACCGGUGGCCUAAGCUUGUGGAAAUGUAAACACUUUCGGCCCUGGCCUGGGCCUUAUUUUCAUGGCAACGUGUGUCCACAGUGAGAGAUUAGCGGACAACCAGCGGACAACGUCACAACACAUAAAAAUACACAAAUUUAAUUACAAAAUUCGCCAGAGUGAGCCAGUCUCAAAAAAAAUAGUGUGAUGGUGUAAACGCGCCACAUUUACGUUGGCCAAGGCUAGGCCAAGGCUUGUAGUGUAAACACGACUCUGGUUAGGUCUAAUAGAUGUAUACAACAACAACUUUAUUGUACUUCAAAGUAUUACAAUCUUACAUAUAUUGAAAAAAGACAAAUAAAUAAGCAAUUGGAGAAGUGCAAUUGGAGUAGUGCAAAAUGCACAAUCGAAAUUUCAUCUACAAAACCAAUAUACUCCGUUAUACCAAUAACCUCGAGAGUUUAAGAUUGAGGAGCAUGUAAAUUGUAUAUAUUAUUUACAUAUAUGCACACUUUACAGGGCUUUCAAAAUAAAUGUCAAUUCUGAAAUAUCAAUUCUGCUCUCCUUCCUCCACUCUCAGCUGUCAAACAAAUUUUUCCUCAACCUGCUCUACUUGACAGUAUAGCCUGGUUAUUGUCGAAAACGACGUAGUAUUUCGUAAAACUGAUUUAGUUAUUUGCCAUCUUAAAUCUUCAAGUUACCUUGUUGAAGAAUGAAAGUAGUGAUACAUUAUAAUUUGGUUCCAGAGCUCAGUUGUGUUGCUAUCUAAUCAAUAUACACUUGUUAAUUUGGAUGACUUUAAGACUUCCUUAAAAUUGGAUGACGUUAUAAGACUCCCUUAAUUUUGGAUGGCUUUAAGACAUCCCCAGACCCCUCCCCACAACCGGCUACUUUAUCAACACAGCCACCUACUCAGAAUAAUUCUGAAAGCCCCGACUUUAUUUUUAUUUUAGAGCAUAUUUCUUCUUAUUUUAACAUUAUCAGGAAGUGCAACGUUACCUAAAACGUAAGUUGGCGUUUAUUUCUUUGAGUGAUAGGUGGAGAGUUGAAAUAAAGCACUCUUGCGAGGUAAAAUUGUAAUCAUCAGGCAGUUAAAUAUUGCAGGAAUUGUUUCACACUGAGUCGGGUCCCUCAAACAUUUCUUACAAAUCCUUAAAACUUCACAGAAUUCACCUGUGCAGAAUUCCUGCUGUGAUCACAGCAGGGCAGGAAAAAAGAAUUUUCUUCCUGGGUGCACAACCUGGAGACAAAAAUUUCCUGCAGACCAACGGAGUAUUUUUGUGCUGAAUCUGCAUGUGCAUAAACAUAUAGUGUUCUAGCUGACCAUGGUUUUAAAUUGAAGGAAUAAUGUCUGUUAACCAUAUGUUGUUGUACCCAUAGUGGAACAUGGGUGUUAAGGUUUCCUUCAAAUUUCCAAUAGCAAAUCUUCAUUGAAACGAAUUUCCUGCAGCUGUUUAACAUUUCCUGCGAGCAGUGCUCGCGUGCUCGCCUAUUUUUCCACCCAGCAACUUUGAUAGUGUAUAGCGGAUACUAGGGGAGGGCAACAACCGCCAGGUAAACAACAAUUUACACCGAUAUUUGUUGUCGUUGAUUAGGAAAACACCGGAAUCAACGUCAGUCGAAAACAAUACGCAUGAAUCUGAAACGAUACAGUCUUGAUUUGCAUUUGAAUGGAUGUGUCUAUGGUACUUGAUGUAAUAAUGGUCGUCGCCACUGGCCUCGGGCUAUGAUCGAACCAACAUUUCCACAUACAUACAUACACAUACCUCUACGUACAUCUACGCACACCAGUUAAAAAUUGGACAAAAUAUUAACUAGAUAGAAUUUUUUAAAAUUAUACUAUUGUUUCUAACAACAAGUGAACGAUUUUUCCAGGCAUCAAUGGAACAUUUGCAUUAUAGACUAAAUUUUGAUCUAAACAAGUCUAGACAAAAAUUUCAUCACAGCUUGAAAGAGCAUCGCAAAAUUAGUAAUAUUCCAAAGUUUCGUUGCGAAAUGUUGUAAAAUGCGGAUAAUAUAGCCUUGCGAAGUUUGCCGUUUUUCAGUCAUUUUCUAUUACAAAUGGGAAAUUGGUAAUCAGUUUGAUCAAGGCUAUAUUAUCCGCACUUUACAACAUUUCGCAGCGAAACGUCGGAAUAUUACUAAUUUUGUGAUGCUCUUUCAAGCUGUGAUGAAGUUUUUGUCCAGACUUGUCUAGAUCAAAAUUUCACUCAAAAGGGGAAAGGUCUAUUUUUGGCUGUGUUGACAAAAACCCUCGCUUGCUUAAGCUCAGUCCACUUUGAACGACAACAACAACACAAACUUGAAAAUGGCCAUAUGUUGGAUGGAAAUUUGGAACUAGAUCUGACCCAACAACAUCUCCCAAGAUCAACUUUUAGAAAGAAUCAUCGAAUUCUGAGUCGAAAACUCGAACUGAGUCAGACCCACUGUCGAAAGAUUCCAAGUGGCUUCGCCCUUCACUGCCGCUGUCAAAUGUAUCUUUUGGUUUCUCUUUAGCCGAGAUUUCAGACUUCUGCAGUUCAGCCAUCGAUUUUAGCGUUUUAAGACCAUCGACCAUCAACCCUCUAUCACGCUCGUACCCCUGCCCCGUUGUCAAGGCAAUAGAUUCCUCCAACAACACCACUGCUUCAUGAUACCUUUGCUGUCUAUAGUAUUGCUUUACUCUGAUCAACAAAAACUGCAUGUGCGUACCACGUGCAACGUCUUCCCAUAAUUCCGCCUCGAUCUUAUCCAAAUAUUCACCCGCUUUUGUGACGUCAUCGGCUGGAACUUCACGUUGUUGACCAAAUAUGGUAUUGGCAUCGAGCAGGGUUCGCGCUAUUUUUAGCAACGCAUAAAAUUGUUGCUUUUUCCGCGUUUCACACAAUUCCGCAACUUGGAGUUGCUUAAAAAAGCAUUCUUUUGCGUUCUCGAGGACUGAUUCUCCCGGCAGUGUCACUGUAUCACUAAUACCGUUUAAAUAACUUCCGUAAGCAUCGUAAAAGCGACACCAGUCAUCGUAGUAUGCCGUAUUUUUCAAAUUUUGCCGCGCUUCGUCCAAAAACAUCUUAGAUUUGCCCAAUUUCCCUUUUGCUCUGUAGCAUGCGCUCAGUACGAGACAAGCACGCGCGAUGUACAUUCCGGGGCACGCAGUGCUCGUGGCUAACUCGAGGGACGUCCGCGCGAGGUAUUUAGCCCGCGCGAGACGAUUUUGGUACAGCAUCGAUCGUGACUGUUCUAUUAACACUGUAGCUCUGAUAUCCGGGCUUUCGUUGCCAUAGCAACCAAGAAGAGCUGACGAACACUUGUCGAAUGCAUCAAAGUCCCCAUUGUCUUGAAGCCUUGCCAGUUUUGCCAUAAUACCUUCACAAAUUAAGUUUGGCUUGUAGCUUGCGCGGUUGGGAGACUGGAGCGGAUUCAUCACCGUCACGUGACUAAAACGUGUGCCUAACGGGGUCUGGUGCGAUUCAUACAAACCGGUGAAAACCUGUUUAAAUUGCCCACCUAGUAAUUUCAAUACAUCCCCAAUACUUGUAACACGGCUAUUUGUCGUGUUUUUAAGAUCGUGACAACAGUCGUUGUCAUGACAACAGUUAUCAAUCCAGUUUCUCUCGCGUCUUACUAAGAUCAGUUUUUCAGGCUGGACGUUGUUCUCGGCGGGUCCUUGGACUUGUUUCGCUUUAAAAAAUUCUCGAAAAAUUACCAACGGUUUUGAGAAAAUCCAGAUAAUAUAUCCAAAUACCGCCCAAACAUAAUUCAGAAACGAUAACUUUCCGGGAAUUGUGUCCUCCAAUUCUGUUAUUGUUGCCAUCCUUUCCUAGAAGUGCUGUAAAAAGAUGAAAACAACAUUUGAUUCGGAGAAUUUCGAACUAAAAAUUGUUUCUUUGAAACGAGUAAAUCGUCUGCCGUUAGACAGAGUAAACUAAUAAAGUAGG